CGGUAAAUACUAAGCUCUGAGUAGGUACGAUAAUCUGGUAACGCUGAUCCGCCGUCCGCUGAGAGUGUCCACGAUGGCGACUCCUUCUCUUUUAUGUCACUUUGCCGCCCUCACGCUGCUGCUGCUGGCGGGGGGCGGGGCGCGGGGACUGCAGGAGGAUGAGUUUCUCGAUGGACAGCUGACCCUGGUGGUGGAGGAUGCGCUGGAGGGCGGCCCCGACCCUGUCUUCACCCCGCGCUCCACCAUCCAGGUCCGGUCCGUCAAGUCUGGCAGCGCUGUCAUCAGCCACACACGCACCUGGACCGCAGAGCUGGACACCAAGCUUAGGGCCCUGGCAGAUAAUAACGACCUCUACCGCAUCCGUGUCUACCAGAAGGGGUCGGAGGAUAAGGGCCAUGUAUCGACGUUCACCAAGGCUUGCCAGAUGUACGAGAGCAGCCUGACGGAGACCCUGAGCCUGGUGGUGGAUGGGGGCGGCACAUCGGUGGUGGGGGUCGGCAUCUUCCCCCCCGUGGCAGUGUGUGGGGGUGAGGCUCCCCUUGACCCCCCCGUCCAACACAACACCACCGUCAUCAUACGCUCACCCAUCCCUGCCCCUGUCCCCGACACAGCCACCUACAUUGAGAAGCUGGAGGCCAUGAAGAACGAAAAGGCCGAGGGGAAAGACAACAGAUCCUUCCUGGCCAAAUAUUGGAUCUACAUUGUCCCCGUUGUGCUGAUCAUGGUGCUGUUCGGUGGUGGCCAGGAGGGCGGACGCUGAGUGCUGAGCUGCCAAACCGCCUCUGUAUGUGUGUUGAAGGAAGGUGUGUGAGGUCGGAAGGGUUUUGAGAGUGAAUAUUUAAGCGUCAAACUGUUAUGAAUGAGUGUGGUUGGAAGGAUGCAAAGAUGGAUGAGGAUGGAGAAUGUAAGGAUGGAACUGGAUGAAGAUAGAAGGAUGCAAGGAUGAAGUAGAGGAGAGUAAGGAUGGAUAAGGGUGAAUGGAUAAGGUAGGGAGGAGUAUGUAAGGUUGUUGAAAGAAAGAUGUUUAAGUGUACAAAGAUGUUUAGGAUGAACGUCUAAGGAUGUAAGAAUGUUGUAGAUGAAAAAGUGAGGAUGUUGACGGGUUUAUUAAGAAUGUGCAAAAGUGAGGGUGUUGGAAGUUAAUGUAUAGAUGUUGAAUGUGUGAGGAAAGAAGGAUGUCUGUGUUAACUUAUACCUUUCCCACUUCAAACACUUUAUGUAUCAAGUAUCUCCCAUCGCACUUUUGUAUUAUACUAGUCCUUUCGUCUCCCUGUUUAUGGUUCAGUGUACAAAUUCUGUGUUGCUGUACAGGCCUAGCUAGAAAACUGCAGGCCUGGGUUCGAUUCUGGCCUGGUCAUUUGAUAUCCCAGCUCACCCAGUCCAGUUCUCCCUUUUGGUCUGGUCAUUUGAUAUCCCAGCUCACCCAGUCCAGUUCUCCCUUUUGGUCUGGUCAUUUGAUAUCCCAGCUCACCCAGUCCAGUUCUCCCUUUUGGUCUGGUCAUUUGAUAUCCCAGCUCACCCAGUCCAGUUCUCCCUUUUGGUCUGGUCAUUUGAUAUCCCAGCUCACCCAGUCCAGUUCUCCCUUUUGGUCUGGUCAUUUGAUAUCCCAGCUCACCCAGUCCAGUUCUCCCUUUUGGUCUGGUCAUUUGAUAUCCCAGCUCACCCAGUCCAGUUCUCCCUUUUGGUCUGGUCAUUUGAUAUCCCAGCUCACCCAGUAGUUCAGUCCUCCCUCUUGGUCUGGUUGAUGAAUGGGUACCUCGGAAAACCUGGGGAAUUUAAAUUAAGAUAACCCGGAUGUCACAUUUGCCCUGUACAUACACUCCACAGGCUCAAGGGCUAAUGUGACAAAGAUGAGCACUGAGGCCUUGAUCAGUUUAGUGUAUGCCCCCUAUUUGCCUUUACUUUACAGGCUGUACAUUCCUAUUAACUGUAGGGGUCACAAAAGAGUGGUGUGUAGGCCAAAAGACUGUACAGUAUUUAUAAGAGUGGGAUGUUGUAGAUUUUUUUAGUGUUUUUAUUGUGACAUUAUUUUUCAGUCAUAUAAGAUCGGUAUAACCUCCGUUCACUUCACUUGUAGGACGUUAUUCUUAGGGAGGGGUUGUGUAGCUUUUCAUCGUCUUGUUGGCACAUUGUAAGUUCCUAAGUCGUGGAAGGUUGGCAGUAAUAUUGUUCGCUCCACUUUCAUGUUGCAGCGCCAUCCCAAGGUGUCAAUAAUCAUCAUCGCUCCACUUUCAGUGCUCGAGGUGUUGUCCAUCAUGUCUGUUUCUCGGCGACAUCUGCAGGAGAAGGUUUUUCCUCAUGUACAGGGCAAGGUGGAACAGGUCAGAACUUUAUUUUCCAAGAAGUUCAAAGGUUCAGUACUUGACCCAUGCCUUAGUCAGAGUCUAAUGAGUUGGUGUCAAGCUUUGGGUCAAGUUGUGUGAAUGGAGGAUCUUAUUCAUUCAUUAUAGAUGUCAUGGACGUGUAUAUCAGAUCCCUUAACACACAAAGAAUGGAUAAGAGACAUCCAUUCAUGACACUAAGCUUCACACAGUCUGACAUACACUCAUCAUAGCUGGCUUUCACUACUCAUGCCCAAUAGCCCUUGAGCCUCCUUGAGUAGCCUAAGCCAGCUAUGGGCCCUGACCUUCAUUGAAAAUAAAUGUAGCCCCACCCCAUCCUGUAUGUGAAGGAGAACCUUUGCCUGCAGGUGUUCCUGGGGAACAGAAUUAGCGUCACUUUCCAUGAAAUUCAAGUUAUGGACUAGAAAGCGUCUGCUGCUGGCCCUGUGACGCACAGUCCAGGUGACACCACCAUUCCAAGAUGACUACUUAACACCCUUCAUGAUUUCCUGACUUUACUAGUGUCACGAAAUCAGGCAAGAGUGAAGGGUGUUAGUCAUCUUGGUGCUGUGGUGUCACCUGGACUGUGUAUGACUUGAACUCUAUGGAAAGGACUGAGUGACUGAAUGUAGCACUACCUGUAUAAUCUAUUGACAAGACUUUUGGCAGGUGUAGAUGUGUAUUGAAGCAGGAGGAUGUAUUCGGGAGGAGCACGUUCCAUUUUCACUUAACUGAUACUUCAAAGAGUCUCCGGAGAAAUUAAAAACAUAAAUCUGCCCAAAAAAAUUUAUUAAAAAAGAAAAAGAAAAGAAAAAGUCAAAGUGGGAGGAGUCUCUCGAACUCUUACAAUGCUAUCUUUCUAACUGGCAUCAUAACCAGUCCAAAAGAAGUGGUCAGGAAGGUGGCCCCUCCACGCCAAGAAUGGAGGGGCACCGAGGCAGGAUAUUGUGACGCUGAAGCUGAUGACACCAACGCAGGGCACAUGAGGCUCACUGGAUCUGUGGAGGGAUAGUGUGUGUUAGUCCUUACUCUGGUAUUUGUCAUUACUUUGUGCCACUAGAACAUGAAAAGACUAAGGUGUGUUUUGCAAUUUGUAUUCACCAUUCCACCUUUGUGUUUGGGGGCCCUGAACAGGCAGCUCAUAGUGUCUGCACCCCUCCCUCUUUACCUGAUUGGCCUCUUAUAAGAGUAACACUAAUGUCACUCAGUACUAAAGAAAUAAUAAGAAAAUUAACUAAGAUUGAUAUCCAUUCAUUGUUUUACCAUAUUCUCUUUUAUACUUCCUUAACCCAGUAGCAGCGAUGGGCCAAAUUUAUGCCAUGAUAUAUAACACCCCCCAAAAUAGAGGAUACAUAAACUGAUCACAAAUGCUUUUAAAUAUAUUAUUUAAUGGUUUGUGUGAGGGGUGAUUUUUUCUCAUUUUUCUCGCUUGGAGGGCCCAUUAAGAAACAUGAUCCCUGCUGCUACCAGGUUAAUUUGGUGAAGUAACAUUUUUCUUAGUGUGGUUAAUAAGUGGAAUGGUGUACAAACUAACAAACACACCACACUGAUACAAAGGCCAUAUAAGAAAACUGUAAACCAAUCUUAACUUGGGUAGACAUUGCACUCUGGUCUUGUCACUAAGGUACUCUCCACAAUGCGCAGAGCAGGUAACAAAACAGGAUCACAAACACCUAACACUCCUCUCUUAACACAUACUGUCUUCCUUUAUACCUUACAUACCUCUGUACUUGCUGCAAACCUGCCUGACAGUAUUUGCUGGGGAUGUGGGAGUGUGUAAACCAGAAAAGGAAGUCAGUAGAGUACCUUUGCUGGGGAUGUGGGAGUGUGUAAGCCACAAAAGGAAGUUUAGUAGAGUACCUUAUGUUAAUUUUGACCCUCUUUGUCGUCAUUCCCGUGUCUCCUGUCUGUGUCCAUCUUGUAACUCUCCACGCCUCCAUCAUCUAAAGCUGUGUAUAUUGGUAAUUAGUAUUCAUUUAAUCAUUACUGCUGUGAAUGUGAGCAUGUAAUCAUCAUUGUUGUGUGUGUGUGAAAUCUUCUGUAUCAUGACUGCUAUGUGUGAGAGGUCAUCUCCUUAGUGACAAGACCACAAAUGUAUCUAUCUGAGUGUCCUGACAAAGUGAAAUAUCCAGUGGCAGCUUCAGGAUUAAAUUAUCAUUUUCUUAUGUCUUUAGCAAGGGAGGCUUUCUUAAUGCAAUGGGAAACCAAGAUUGUGCCGAGAGAAAGGAACAAUAAUUAGUUUCAGAAUUAAUGUGGGUGCCAAGAUGAUUUUUGAGAAUAGUUCAGCCUAGUUUCAGAAUUAAUGUGGGGGCCAAGAUGAUUUUUGAGAAUAGUUCAGCCAAGUUUCAGAAUUAAUGUGAGGGCCAAGAUGAUUUUUGAGAAUGGUUAAGCCCUCUAAGCCCCCCCAGACACUGCCACUGGAAAUAUCUACCCAAGGGAAGGCUACUAAGGAUAAGCGUCACUGUAUGCAAAUUGUUAACCCCUUUUGUGUAUAAUUUACGGAGUACUUAUCUUUACCUCAACCAUCCCACUCAACAAAUAUGAAUGAGUAAUGAAUUAUUGUUUUGUUUGGAGCAAGAGUGAGAGUGAUGUUUGUACUAGUGUGUAAUGCAAUAAACGUUACUUGUA